GGCUAUCGCUGUAUGGUGGUGACUUUUAAUUAUAUGGUUCCCGUCAUAAUUCAGUGCAGCGGUAGGUACCAGUUAGGCCAACCAUCUUGUUUCCGUUGUGGCACUCAAACACACCAAGAUGGCAGCUGAGAAGUUAAUGUUACAAGGUCGGUACUUCUCUAAAAUGAGAAAAUAUGGAAUGAUAGGGGGCGCAAUAACACUUGUUAGCGGAGCUGUGACAUAUGUUUAUGUAAAACAAAGACAAACAGCAAUGGAAGACUACUUCAAGAGUUUGACCCCAGAAAAAGUGAAGGCAACUAGUGAUAGAUGUUUUAGGUUUGGUGGAUAUACAAGGGAUGAAAAAUAUCCAAAUAUACCCAGGCUGGACAAUUCAGAUGGUAAGUUCGAUGGGUUCCUCAACAAGUUCAGUGGGGUCGAUACCUGGUUGCAGUUAGAAGUGAAAGCUCUAGGCUCGUUUGAUCCACAGCUGCCAGAAUACUUUUCAAAAUUAUUCCUUGCUGGAAUCAGGGAGGAUUUCUUUGAAAGCGAGUCUCAGAGGACUGAAUUCCAGAACAAACUUGAAAAUGCCCGCCAGAAGCUUAGAGCAUGGAGUAAAGGAAAAAGCAUGGACCACCUAUCAGAAGCAGACAAAGUAAAGAUGAUGGUUUUCAACCAAUUAGAAAAACAGACGGAGGAAGGGUUUCAAGUAGAUCCAGUUCCGCUGGCUCAGAAAUAUCUACCUAAAACACCCAGUGAAUAAAUGUUGUGUCAAGAAACAUUAGUGUUUAGAUAUGUACAAAUUGAUAAAAGACGUGCUUGAAAUUAUUUAAUAUUUUGUAUGACCAAUAGUUUUACAUCGAUAUUCCAACAUAAGCGAAAAUUGACUUGAAGAGGAUUACUGUUGUGAAAGUUUGUUAGGAGGAAAAUGUUGAUUAAAUUGUGAGAAUUUUAA